AUGGCGACAAACAAGACUUUCGAACAGAUUGCCGUAGGCGACACGGCGGAAAUCGUCCGGGAGUGUUCCAGCAAUGACCUGCUGGUUUUCGCGCAUGCCUCCGGAAAUCGCAAUCCGAUCCACUUGCCCGAUACCGACUGGACCGGCGACGGUAUUGUCGACAAACCGGUCGCGCCCGCCAUGUGGGUCGGUGGACUGGCAUCCGCGGUUCUCGGAAACAUUCUGCCAGGUCCCGGCACGGUUUAUAAAUCACAGUCGUUUCGUUUUCUUGGUGCAGCUGCGGUGGGCGAUCAUUUGCACGUGAAAGUGACCGCGACCGAAAAGCGGCCGGACAACAUUGUCGUCUUUGAUCUGACCGUGACCCGCGGCGAUGGUUUUCGCCUGGUGGAAGGCGUUGCCGAGGUCGCCGCGCCCACGGAGACCAUCGAAUUCGAUUCCAGCGACAUCCCCGCCCUGCUGGUGCAACGUCACCGCCACUUCAACAGAAUGAUCGAGCUCGCAAAAACACUCCCCGCCUUGCCAACGGCGGUGGUUGCUCCAGAUGACCCCAAUUCUCUCGAGGGUGCCCUGAUGGCAGCGCGGGAAGGCCUGAUCAGGCCGGUUCUUAUUGGCGCGAAAAGCAGGAUUGAAGACGCGGCCAAGGAACUCAGUGAAACCAUCGAUACCUACGAACUGAUCGAUAUCGAAGAUGAAAUGGAGGCCGCCGGACGGGCCGUCGCCAUGGUGCACGAAGGCAAGGUGAAAGCUGUCAUGAAGGGUCACCUUCAUACCGAUCAUCUCCUGCAUCACGUGGUUAAACGCGAUGGCGGCCUUAGAACGAAGCGUCGUAUCAGCCAUGUUUUCGUCAUGGACAUUCCCGGCCGCAAAACGCCUGUUCUGAUCUCCGACGCGGCGAUCAACAUCACGCCGGACCUCAACACGAAAGUCGAUAUCACGCAAAACGCCAUCGACGCAGCGUGUUCACUCGGUUUGGAAACGCCGCGUGUCGGCAUUCUGUCCGCUAUCGAAACGGUCAACCCGGCCAUUCCGUCGAGCCUUGAUGCCGCGGUGCUGUCAAAGAUGGCCGAACGUGGCCAGAUCACAGGCGCUGUCGUCGACGGACCUUUGGCAAUGGACAAUGCAAUCGACCUGCAGGCGGCGCGCACGAAGGGCAUCACGUCUCUGGUCGCGGGCCGCGCCGAAGUCCUGAUUGUCCCCAACCUGGAAUCCGGCAACAUGCUGGCAAAGGAACUGACGUUCAUCGCCCAUGCCGAAGCUGCCGGUCUUGUGAUCGGCGCAAAAGUUCCGGUGAUGCUGACCAGCCGGGCCGACGACGGCCGUUCCCGGCUCGCAUCCUGCGCCCUUGCCCUGCUCUAUGUGCACUGGAAAGCAAGCGGUGCGCCGGUCGGAUUUCUGGACCGUGACGUGAAAUGA